AUCCGGAAUCGAAAUUCCCGAAUUAGGAAGCAUGCGCUUGGUCUGAUAUAAUAAAAGGAAACACUGAGAGGAUAAGCAUCGGACACCCAUGAUGAACAACAUUAAACACAUAAUAUUCUAGGUAAACGGGCUUUUCUGGUUCCUGUUCUUGCCACGUCACACCCAACGUGUCAAAUCCUUCUUUCUCUCUCACCCAUGCCACUUUCCUUUUUAUUUUCUAUUAAUUUUAUAUAUAUGAAUAAUAAUCCUUCCUCAUUCUCCAUCAUCUCCACUUAAUUUCUUUUCGGCCUUAUCUCUAUCUUCUGCAACUUUCUCUCUCUGUCUCUCUCUGGGAGUGUGCAGAUUGAUGACAAGUAACCCCAUUACGUGGAAGCCUAAGAGGAGGAGAAGACGAAGAGGACAAGGGUGACUGAAUCGCCGCUUCAGGGGCUUCUUGUUUCGUUUUACUUUAAGUUUUUCUCUUUACAAGAAGGUGAAUACAAAUGGAGGUUCUGGUGGGUCCCGCUUUCACCAUCGACGUUCCGGCCGACGGAAACUCCUCAGAAGAUCGGAUCUUUCUUAAUGGGUCACCAGAAAGUGACCGCUCGAACAUUCGGAUCUCGGGGCCGCCCAAGUUCUUCACUGGCGAGUCGGAAACUUCGUCGUCGAUCGGAAGCCCCGAUGACAGUGACAACGAGGAGGAAGUGCAGAGCAAGUUGAAGAUACGAACUGGGUUGGGGUCUUUGGAUGCCAUGGAAGAUUCUCUUCCCAUCAAGAGGGGAUUGUCUAGUCACUUUGAUGGAAAAUCGAAAUCGUUCUCAGAUCUGUCGCAAGUGAGUACUUUGAAGGAGUUGCAGAAGCAGGAGAGUCCUUUCAACAAGAGAAGAAGGGUUCUGAUUGCAUCAAAGUGGUCCAGAAGAUCAUCUUUCUAUUCCUGGUCCAACCCACAGUCCAUGCCUCUUUUGCCUGUGGAUGAGGAUUGUGAUGAUGAUGAUGACGAUGAAGAGGAAGAAGAAAAGGCAAGUAAAGUUCCCUCUGCUUCCUCUUCUUCCUCUUCCUCCUUGGCUGAGGAAAAAAAACCAGAAGAUCAAGUUCAGCUGCGACUCAACAGAGUACCAGAAUCUUAUGCUGCUCAUAUGAGGCUCAGACUUGGAAGCUUCAAGGCAAGAAGCUUUUCUCUUGCAGAUCUGCAAGAGCACGAUGACGAGGAAGAAGACGAAGAUUAAUUGACAUUUAACAUAGGCUGUUUUUUUUUUUUUUUCCUUUUUGCUGUUUUGGUUUAUUCUUUUGUUAUUGUUGUUACUAAAUAAAAUUAAAUAGUAUGAAGUAAAAGUAACUAUGUGAAAAACAAAAACAAAAAAAGACUUGUGCUUCUCUUUUUGCUUUACGUUCAAAGAAGAUGAAUUUUGUUAAGGAAUAUACUGUGCAUAUCCUGUAGGUGUGUGGUAGGAAAGUAAUGAAAGCAUGUAGGUUCAUAUAAUGACAGAAGCAGCGAAGUUUACUUUUGUGCGAUGGGGUUUGUUUGUUUGGUUGGGAAUAUGGAUAUUGGGAAGAAGGAAAAUUGGGUGAAACCAUGGUCGCAGUCACUCGGUGAGGAUUUGGAGCGUAUCUUGAACAAAUCUUAUCCUAUCCUUUAAACUAUGAAUAGUUGUACC